AUUUUAGAGAGAAAGAAGAAGAAGAGCUAUCGAUGGAUGAGACUGAACUUUGACCUUUUAAAAGAGCUAACCUAUGAAGCAAAGCGAAUGAUUGAAGGAGUAGUUUAUGAGAUGCGGGUUUAUGCUGUGAAUUCUAUUGGUAUGUCCCGGCCAAGCCCUGCCUCACAACCCUUCAUGCCAAUUGCUCCUCCAAGUGAACCAACCCACUUUACAGUGGAAGAUGUUUCUGACAGCACUGUUGCCUUGAAGUGGAGACCCCCUGAGCGAAUUGGAGCCGGGGGAUUAGAUGGUUAUAUUGUGGAAUACUGCAAAGAUGGAUCUACAGAAUGGAUUCCAGCUCUUCCUGGCCUAACAGAGCGCACAUCGGCACUGAUUAAAGACCUGGUUACAGGGGACAAACUUCAUUUCCGUAUAAAGGCUAUAAACUUGGCUGGUGAGAGUGGAGCAGCAACAAUCAAAGAACCCGUUACUGUUCAAGAGAUCCUGCAGCGUCCCAAAAUCUGGUUGCCACGCCAUCUCAGACAGACUCUGGUGAAGAAAGUGGGUGAGACAAUCAAUAUUGUGAUCCCUUUUCAGGGGAAACCAAGACCCAAAAUCACUUGGAUGAAAGAUGGUCAAACUCUAGACUCCAAAGAUGUGGGAAUUCGGAACAGCAACACGGACACAAUCCUUUUCAUCAGAAAGGCAGAGCUUCAUCACUCAGGGGCAUAUGAAGUCACUCUUCAGAUAGAAAAUAUGACUGAUAGAGUUGCAAUAACAAUGCAAAUCAUAGACAAGCCUGGUCCUCCUCAGAAUAUAAAGCUUGUAGAUGUUUGGGGAUUUAAUGCAGCCCUGGAGUGGACACCUCCACAAGAUGAUGGCAAUGCACAGAUCUUGGGCUACACAGUCCAGAAAGCUGACAAAAAGACAAUGGAAUGGUAUACUGUUUUUGAUCACUAUCGUCGCACAAACUGUGUAGUGUCAGACCUGAUUAUGGGAAAUGAGUAUUUUUUUCGAAUCUUCAGUGAAAAUUUGUGUGGAUUGAGUGAAACUGCUGCAACCACCAAAAAUCCUGCCUAUAUCCAAAAAACAGGCACCACUUACAAGCCACCUAGUUACAAAGAACAUGACUUCUCUGAACCUCCUAAAUUCACUCAUCCUUUAGUAAACCGUUCUGUGAUUGCAGGAUACAACACCACACUCAGCUGUGCUGUAAGAGGAAUCCCCAAGCCAAAGAUAUUCUGGUACAAAAACAAUAUGGAUCUCUCUGGGGAUGCCAAAUACCGCAUGUUCAGUAAACAGGGUGUGUUGACCCUGGAAAUCCGGAAACCCACUCCAUUUGAUGGUGGCUGUUAUACCUGUAAAGCUGUUAAUGAGUGUGGUGAAGCCGAAAUAGAGUGCAGACUGGAUGUCAGAGCACCUCAGUAAAACUCUGAAUCUCACUUCAUCUGCAAGUCAAGUGUUGGAAUGGAACUUGAAAAGAAGAAAAUUGAAGAAAUUAAUGAAGGAU